CACCCCUGCUCCGCUCGUCGUGAUGCUGCUGGGCGGAGGGAUAUCACCCGGUGCCUGUGGCUGGGACCAAAACUAGUGCGAGUUAGGAGGCUGCCCUGUCAGUGACUGAGCUCAGCGAGGGGAGCGGAGGGACGAGACCGGGCUGAGUGAACAGAGAGACACUGACUGCACUCACUCACACUCACUGAGUGAACACAGAGACUGGCUGCACUCACACUCACUCACUGACUGAGGCUUGGACUCAAGGUUCUGUCGGAGUGAGGCUUCCCUGACUCGGAGUGUCCUUCCCUGGCUGCCCUGGAGUGAGCUCAGAGUGUCCCCCAUGGACUGAUUGCCAUCACUGCCCCACAGGAUUGUCUUUCCCCCCCCCCCCGGACCUGCUGUGUAUUAUUUAUUGAUUGAUCCCCAGUGAUUGUGGAUGUGGGGAGCCCUGAGCUGCUGAUCUACCAGUGAGGAGGACCCUGCCUGCCCUGGGAAAGGGGGGCACACUGUAUCCAUUGGACAUUAUCUGGAUUGACUUGAUAUUGAUAUAGAUAAAUUAUUUUUUUUGCUCGGUUUAUUUGACUGAAGAUGCUCCUGUCUAAAUUCGGCUCCCUGGCUCAUAUCUGUAACCCGACCAGCAUGGAUCACCUGCCGGUGAAGAUCUUACAGCCAGUGAAAACCGAGAAGGAGCCGUUUGAUAAGGUCUACCAAGUGGGCUCUGUGCUGGGCAGCGGUGGAUUCGGCACUGUGUAUUCCGGCAGCAGGAUCUCAGACGGUUUGCCGGUGGCCGUGAAACAUGUAUCCAAGGAGAGGGUCACGGAUUGGGGAUCUCUGAAUGGAGUGAUGGUGCCCUUGGAGAUCGUCCUCCUUAAAAAGGUGGGCUCUGGCUUUCGAGGCGUGAUCAAGCUCUUAGACUGGUAUGAACGUGCUGAUGGCUUCCUCAUCGUCAUGGAGAGACCCGAGCCGGUGAAGGAUCUGUUUGAUUACAUCACGGAGAAGGGGGCUCUGGAUGAGGACACCGCACGGGGCUUUUUCCGCCAGGUGCUGGAAGCGGUGCGGCACUGCUAUAGCUGUGGCGUGGUACACAGAGACAUAAAGGACGAGAACCUGCUGGUGGACCUGCGGACAGGGGAGCUCAGACUCAUAGAUUUCGGCUCGGGAGCCCUGCUAAAGGACACUGUCUACACGGACUUCGACGGAACACGUGUGUAUAGUCCUCCAGAAUGGGUCAAAUACCACAGAUAUCAUGGAAGAUCAGCAACUGUCUGGUCAUUGGGGGUUCUUCUUUACGACAUGGUUUGCGGGGAUAUCCCAUUUGAACAAGAUGAAGAAAUUUUGAGGGUUCACUUAUACUUCAGGAGAAGAAUUUCUGCAGAGUGCCAGCAGCUCAUCAAAUGGUGCCUUUCACUUAGGCCUUCUGAUAGACCAACACUUGAACAAAUCUUUGACCAUCCGUGGAUGUGCAAGUGCGAUCUUGUGAAGUCAGAGGACUGUGACUUAAGGCUAAGGACCAUUGACACUGAUACAUCUAGCACAAGCUCAAGCAAUGAGAGUCUGUAAAAUUGGGAAAGGGAGCAAUUGGCAGAUUGCUGCUGCAACGACUUCACAGAAGGACUCAAGCAUUCAAUACUCUAAACCUUUUUAUUAUUUUUUUUUAUUUUUUUUGUCCCUUCCCUACCAACCUUUUUGCAGUUAUUACCCUGGAAUGAGACUUCAUUAGAAUAUGCUGAUCUUCUGCAAGUUGUAGGCCUGUGCUUACUCCAGGACUGACCUAAUUUACAUGACUAGCAGUGACCUCUUGAGUACACAGUACACGGUUUGCUCUCAUAGAGCCUGGACUAGAUUUUUAUUUGCUUUUGAGUGCCUUUUUGAAAGCUGCUUCAGUGGGACUUUUUAUUUAUAUAUCUAUAAAUAUAUAUAUUCUAUACAAUUUUUAUUUUGGAGCUGUGUAUUUCCAAAGAAGAUCCAUGUCAUUAUUGAGCUUUGGUGGGACAGCUCCUGAACUGGCAGGCCAUGCUAACUGAACACUCAUGGUGGAAACCACAAACCUAAAGUACGAUGUGGUGGGAAAGCUCCUAACCUGUAAGACUAUGUGUAGUGAACAAUUCGAAGUGAGAACACUCAUGCAGAAACCACAAGCAUACAUUAGAACAAAUUAUUUGUUUUCUUUCCAUCUUCAAAGUCCUUCAUGUAGUCUGUACAAUAAACACAACUGCUGUUUGUUUAUUUUAUCUUCCUCCAUCUUUACCACUGGGCAUAAAUAGGCCCCUGUUCUCUCAUGUCUCCUUAAUCCCUUGUCAACCAACAAAUCUUAUGUAUGAGCAUGUUCGAUGCACAAUCAAUGCAAUAUUCAAGGACUCUUACUUUUCCAUAUCUGUAUUUAAACUUUUUUCCUUGUUUUAUACAGUUAUUUAUUAUAAUAUUUAGGCAUUUUAUUUCUUCGCUAUUUAUUUGAUUAACUUAUUUCUUUAGCACUUAUACAACACUGUGCUUCACUCUUGUAAAUACCUACCUUUUUCACUUUUCUGCUUUCUACCAUUUUAAUAUGAAAGCAUUUCUGUAACUUAAUUUCUGCAUUCCAGUCAAAACUUU